UUCACCUCUCUGUAAAGAUAGCCCACAUGCCCUGCCUGCUUCUCUCUCUCUUACCAGUUUAAGUACUCCAACAAGCUUUGAUAAUGGUGUAAAAGAAAAGGCCUUUACUGUUGCCACAAAAACCUCUCUCUGCUUCUCUUUCUGCUUCUUACAUCCACACUUACACGCUUGGAAGAAAAGUUACGUAGAAAUUAACAUGGUAUGAAUGAAUCGGACCUAGAUAUAUAGAGAGAGUGAGAGAGGUGAAAAUGGUUGUUGUGAAAGAACAUAGCUUUGAAUGGCCGCCAAUAGGAGCUCCACUAAACAUGCAGAGAGAUGAGCAUCCGGGCAGCCCUCCUGCUUUUAAUAGCUCUGUCAAUGCGGUGUCGUUUGGUUUCGUAGCCACUGCCAUUCUCAUCUCCAUGUUCUUAGUCAUGGCUAUCUUUGAGAGAUUCCUCAGACCCACCUCGUCUGAUUUGACACCGUCCAGUCGCCGGAGAAGCGGAGAUCUUGAGGCCCAGUUGGGCUUCAAUGGAAAACUCAGCCACCCUUCACCCAAAAUGACUGUGUAUGCAAGUGGAGUUUCAGUGUUGAUGCCUGGAGAUGAUAUCCCCACCUUCAUUGCACAUCCAGCCCCUGUGCCUUGCCCCCCAGAACGCAUUUGUUUGCCUCAACAUCAACAUAUUUCCUUGCCCAACCCCAACCCCAACCCCAACCCCACCUCAAACUCAAACUCAAACUCAAACUCGAAUUCGAACAUGAGCUCAAACUCAAGUUGACAAGUACACAACUUAAACAAGAAAAGCCUGUUUUUUCAUAUCAAAUUCUAUUUAUGAGUAUGAGACGAAGCAGAAAUUAGGAUGAUGCAAGCGAGAAUUUGUAGACCACAACUCCAAUUGCCCAAUUUUUCUUCAGGCAAGAGCACCUGAUUCUGUAUAUGUCAUUUACUUGGGAAAGGGGGAUUUCGCUUUUGCAGCUGAAUGCAGCAGCUUGCUUCACUUUCCCUUUACUUUCCAUUAUGAUCAGAUUUUCCAAAUGAAUUGGAUCCUUGAAGAUGGAUUAUAAUGCCCAUUAAAUGGAUCAGUCAUAAGUGUCUCUGUACAUUGUAAACAGUUUAUGAUUGGUAUUGACUAUUGAGUAAUAGGUGACUAUUCAACCAGUUACUCAUAUAUUUAUGGCAACUGACAAAAUAUUAUGCCUUCUUACUUAGGUUAUCCUAAAAGAAAGAUAAGAUUUCAUGUAUCACCAACAAAAAACAAUGAAUUUUUUUAAACUUGUAA